AUGGUUGGUCUUUUAGUAUCUGCUUGUCCGGCAUUACAGUAUUCAUGGUUACAUACAAAAUUAUUUGAACAAUUCAAAUAUCAAGCUUUAUUAAAAAAUUACAAUUAUAAUCAAAUUGUAACUUUACCACAUUUUAUUAAAGGAGAUUUCCUAUGGUGGCUGAAAAAUGUGGAUAAUGGAUAUUCCCCUAUAAAAAGAAAUCAGUACCGUAAAGAAAUUUAUACCGACGCCUCAUCCACAGGGUGGGGUGCAUACUGUGAUGGUGAAGAGUCAUAUGGUUAUUGGAAAGAAGAUGAAAUAGAUUUGCAUAUCAAUGAACUAGAACUUAAAGCUGCGUUCUUUGGAUUAAAAGUCUUUGCCAGUAAUUAUCAUGAAUGUGAAUUGUUACUAAGAAUAGAUAACGUAACAGCAAUUUCUUGUAUAAAUCGAAUGGGGAGUGUCCAAUAUCCACACCUAAAUGAGGUUUCUCGAGAUAUUUGGAAAUGGUGUGAAAGACGUCGUAUUAUAGUGUUUGCAUCAUACAUAAACACGAAAGAAAAUCUUAACGCUGAUAGACUGUCUAGGAAGAAAUUUUGCGAUACUGAGUGGGAAUUAAGUGAUUACGCGUAUAAUGAAAUUAAACAACAGUUAGGUGUGGCAAAUAUUGAUUUAUUUGCCAGUCGCUGCAAUUCUAAAUGUGAUACAUAUGUUACAUGGAAAAAUGAACCGGGAGCAUGGGCCAUUGAUGCUUUCACAAUUUCAUGGGAAGAAUUAAAUUUUUACGCCUUUCCACCAUUUUCAAUGAUAUUGAAAAUGAUUCAAAAAAUAAUACUAGACAGGGCGGAGGGUAUAGUUGUCGUACCAUACUGGCCAACCCAACCAUGGUUCCCCUUGUUCAAAAGAAUAUGUCAGUCAGACCUUAUAUAUUUUUCACCACGUAUUAACUUGCUUAAAUCUCCUUACAGAUCCGUGCACAGCUUACACCGCUCUCUAACGUUGGUUGCCGCGAAAUUAUCCGGCAGACUCUAUUAA